AUGAGGACACUGGGGAUACAGAUUCCCGCCAACAGUUACAGUCACAGGGACAGAUGGACGUGUGAGGGGAGAAAUAACAACUUUGACAAUACAACACCACCACAGACAGACACAACCACAGUGGACGUUACAGAUCCACCAACUAACCCAGCCAUAGUGACCGGUAAUAGUGAUCCUGUGUAUGAUGGUGACGACAUUGAACUCCGAUGUAGUAUAAGGGGAGGUAACCCACUAGCCAGUCUGACAUGGACAUGUCCAGGUCGUAGCGUUACCUCUACAACAGCAAACACAGCAGACACGGCAGUCUCUGUACUAAGGAUACGUCUGACACCUUUAUAUAACGGAGCCAAUUGUACAUGUGUAGCUACUCAUCCAGCACAGGGCUUCAUGACAUCCCACACCGAGGUCUUCAACGUCUACUAUGCCCCUCGUAUCCAUGCCCUGACGGUGACUGACACGUUCCCCUGGCUGGCCAGAGAUACUUAUGUAGGCCGUCUGAGCUGUGACACUACAGCCGGUAACCCGCCUACCACACGGUACACGUGGUACAGGGACGGUACACCGGUCAGUUCCCAGACAUCACAGACGCUCCCCUUUGACCCACCUACCAGCAGUGAUGGCGGACGGUUGUACAGGUGUAGGGCUGAAAACGACUUCACCGACGCCAAAGGAUCGGCUCCGGAGUUGGACAUAACAUUAGAUGUACAAUAUGAUCCCAUUAUAACACUCUCGGCCUAUCCAGAAACAGUUAACGAGACAGACAAUUACCAAUGUACCUGUAUAGCUGUAGGUAACCCCAACCCUACUGUUACCUGGUAUCCUCGGGAUUCCUCGACCAACAACAUUCUGGACUUACCAUAUAUCAACAGAAACAAGGUCGGGCGGUACACAUGUAAUGCCACGUCAUCAUCUCAGAAGUUUGGGUCGCUAUACACCAAGUCCGAUCUCAACCUUGUGGUACAGUAUGCCCCGGAUGUAGAGUUGUUAGUGCAAAACGCCACGGAACACGAUACACAUUUAGUGAUGACAUGUAAUGCGGCAGGUGUUCCAAACAUUUACACUUACGGUGCUUGGACACAUAUGUACGGCAUAAUUCUCGUCAGGACCCUCACUGGUGACGUCACGACUGACGGCAGGACCCUCACACUGGCCAGCGUUUCAUAUCAGGAUAGUGGAACUUACGCCUGUCAAGUACAUAACUCCAUCAGGGGGAGGGACGGUCAGCUGAUACAGACAGAAACGGCUGUUUUUGAUGUCAAAGGAAGCCCAAAACUGCUUGAGGGUGGAUCGAUUGAUAUUGCGAACAAGGGCAAACCUUUUCGUAAGUCACUGAUAUUUAUCAGCAACCCUCAUCCAACAGACAUGUACAUCAGCAAGGAAGAGCGUCUCUCAUCCACACAGAAUCUUACGAUCAUAUUUACAACAGAGAUGGUGUCUGACAUUUUCUACGGCAAGAUUCUAUCUCGUCCCGGAUACAAAAUGUCCCAGACACACCGACUGACCUGGUCGUUGACCAGAUAACAGCGAGUUCUGCCGUAGUGUCAUGGAAACCGGGUAAUAAUCGAGGCCGAGAGGACCAGCAGAUCCAUGUUUGGUUACUACAGCAGUCGUCAA